AUGGCGGAAGCGGAAUUCAAGGACCACAGUACAGCUAUGGAUAGUGAACCAAACCCUGGCACAUCUUCUGUGUCGACAACAACCAGCAGCACGACCACCACCACCAUCACCACUUCCUCCUCUCGAAUGCAGCAACCACAGAUCUCUGUCUACAGUGGCUCAGACCGACAUGCCGUACAGGUGAUUCAGCAGGCCUUGCACCGGCCGCCCAGCUCCGCCGCGCAGUACCUGCAGCAGAUGUAUGCCGCUCAGCAGCAGCACUUGAUGCUGCACACGGCCGCUCUGCAGCAGCAGCACUUGAGCAGCUCCCAGCUGCAGAGCCUUGCUGCUGUUCAGGCAAGUUUGUCCAGUGGAAGACCAUCUACAUCCCCAACAGGAAGUGUCACACAACAGUCAAGUAUGUCCCAGACAUCUAUCAACCUCUCCACUUCUCCUACACCUGCACAGUUAAUAAGCCGUUCCCAGGCUUCCAGUUCUACCAGCGGCAGUAUUACCCAACAGACUAUGUUACUAGGGAGUACCUCCCCUACCCUAACGGCAAGCCAAGCUCAAAUGUAUCUCCGAGCUCAAAUGCUGAUUUUCACACCCGCUACCACUGUGGCUGCUGUACAGUCUGACAUUCCUGUUGUCUCGUCGUCAUCGUCAUCUUCCUGUCAGUCUGCAGCUACUCAGGUUCAGAAUUUAACAUUACGCAGCCAGAAGUUGGGUGUAUUAUCUAGCUCACAGAAUGGUCCGCCAAAAAGCACUAGUCAAACUCAGUCAUUGACAAUUUGUCAUAACAAAACAACAGUCACCAGUUCCAAAAUCAGCCAACGAGAUCCUUCUCCAGAAAGUAAUAAGAAGGGAGAAAGUCCAAGUCUGGAAUCACGAAGCACAGCUGUCACCCGGACAUCAAGUAUUCACCAGUUAAUAGCACCAGCUUCAUAUCCUCCAAUUCAGCCUCAUCCUCUAAUAAAACAUCAGCAGAUUCCUCUUCAUUCACCACCUCCCAAGGUUUCCCAUCAUCAGCUGAUAUUACAGCAGCAGCAACAGCAAAUUCAGCCAAUCACACUUCAAAAUCCAACUCAAGACCCACCCCCAUCCCAGCACUGUAUGCCACUCCAAAACCAUGGCCUUCCUCCAGCUCCUAGUAAUGCCCAGUCACAGCAUUGUUCGCCCAUUCAGAGCCAUCCCCCUCCUUUAACAAUGUCUCCUAGCCAGUCACAGUCAGCACAGCAGUCUGUAGUGGUGUCUCCCCCGCCGCCUCAUUCUCCAAGUCAGUCUCCUACUAUAAUUAUCCAUCCACAGGCCCUUAUUCAGCCACACUCUCUUGUGUCCUCGGCUCUCCAGCCAGGGCCAAACCUGCAGCAAUCCACUGCUAAUCAGGUGCAGCCUACAGCACAGCUGAAUCUUCCAUCCCAUCUUCCACUUCCAGCUUCCCCUGUUGUGCACAUUGGCCCAGUUCAGCAGUCCGCUUUGGUGUCCCCAGGUCAGCAGAUUGUGUCUCCAACAUCACACCAGCAGUAUUCAACCCUGCAGUCCUCUCCAAUCCCAAUUGCAACCCCUCCGCAGAUGUCGGCAUCUCCUCCAGCUCAGAUUCCACCACUGCCCUUGCAGUCUAUGCAGUCUUUACAAGUGCAGCCUGAAAUUCUAUCCCAGGGCCAGGUUUUGGUGCAGAAUGCUUUGGUGUCCGAAGAGGAGCUUCCAGCUGCAGAAGCUUUGGUCCAGUUGCCAUUUCAGACUCUUCCUCCUCCACAGACUGUUGCGGUAAACCUACAAGUACAACCACCAGCACCUGUUGAUCCACCAGUGGGAAUGCAUUUGAACCAGUGUCAUCUGCACAAAGUUUUUUCUCUUAAGGUUUAUCAAGUAGAAGAUGUGUGUGAAGAAGAAAUGCCUGAAGAGUCAGAUGAAUGUGUCCGGAUGGACAGAACACCACCACCACCCACACUGUCUCCAGCAGCUAUAACUGUGGGGAGAGAAGAUUUGACUUCUGAACAUCCUUUGUUAGAGCAAGUGGAAUUACCUGCUGUGGCAUCAGUCAGUGCUUCAGUAAUUAAAUCUCCGUCAGAUCCUUCACAUGUUUCUGUUCCUCCACCUCCACUCUUACUUCCAGCUGCUACCACAAGGAGUAAUAGUACGUCGGUGCCCAGCAGCAUUCCCAGUAUAGAAAACAAACCUCCACAGGCUAUUGUUAAACCACAGAUCUUAACCCAUGUUAUUGAAGGCUUUGUGAUUCAGGAGGGAUUGGAGCCAUUUCCUGUAAGUCGUUCAUCUUUGCUAAUCGAACAACCUGUGAAAAAAAGGCCUCUUUUGGAUAAUCAGGUGAUAAAUUCUGUAUGUGUUCAGCCAGAGCUACAGAAUAAUACAAAGCAUGCAGAUAAUUCAUCUGACACAGAGAUGGAAGACAUGAUUGCUGAAGAGACAUUAGAAGAAAUGGACAGUGAGUUGCUCAAGUGUGAAUUCUGUGGGAAGAUGGGAUAUGCUAAUGAAUUUCUCCGGUCAAAACGAUUCUGCACUAUGUCCUGUGCCAAAAGGUACAAUGUUAGCUGUUCUAAAAAAUUUGCACUUAGUCGUUGGAAUCGUAAGCCUGAUAAUCAAAGUCUUGGGCAUCGUGGCCGUCGUCCAAGUGGCCCUGAUGGGGCAGCAAGAGAACAUAUCCUUAGGCAGCUUCCAAUUACUUAUCCAUCUGCAGAAGAAGACUUGGCUUCUCAUGAAGAGUCUGUUCCAUCUGCUAUGACAACACGCCUGCGCAGGCAGAGUGAGCGGGAAAGAGAACGUGAGCUUCGGGAUGUGAGAAUUAGGAAAAUGCCUGAGAACAGUGACUUGCUACCAGUUGCACAAACAGAGCCAUCUAUCUGGACAGUUGAUGAUGUCUGGGCCUUCAUCCACUCUUUGCCUGGCUGCCAGGAUAUUGCAGAUGAGUUCAGAGCACAGGAGAUCGAUGGACAGGCCCUUCUUUUGCUAAAAGAAGACCAUCUUAUGAGUGCAAUGAAUAUCAAAUUAGGUCCAGCUCUAAAGAUCUGUGCACGCAUCAAUUCUCUGAAGGAAUCUUAACAGGAUUAUGAGGCUGUGAGAAAACAGCGGUUUUUACUCUUCUUAAACAGACUUGUAAGGUAAAGGCGCAAGUUGGCCUAGAAUAUUAUCAUAUAUUGUGGUGGAUAACCAAGCACAUUGGAAUCUCCACAUCAAAAGCUGACAUUUCUUCUACAGAUAAAAUUCAUCAUACAUUUUCAUAAGUAGCCUACAUUGGUAAAAUUGAUUUUACAGGUUACAUGCAACAAUGAAAGACUGAUAUAGAGGGCCAUGAUAUUUUUCAAAGAAACAUGUUAUACUAGAUAAUUUUUUAAAGGUGAUGUUUAUCGUUAAUAUAAAGAAUCCUUUUAAAAAUAAUUUAAUGAUUUACAUUUCUCCUGUUUUGAUUCGGUUUUCUUAUACAUUUUUCUACCCUGUAAGUUUUCUAUAGGUUGUCAUGAGAGAUAUAAUUUAGGAGUAAUUUAGGACUAGUAUAGGAGUCCAGUGACUGGAAUUGUAUGCAAUGAGCUAUCAGUGUGCAUUUAAAAAAAUAUGUCUAUUAGACAAUUGCUUUGUCUAUAAAAAAGGAUUGCAUUCUAGCAUGAAUAAUACUGAUCUGGAAGUCAGAAGAGUUGGUUUCUAUUCCAAACUUGACUAAGAAUUUGGUGUGGCUGAGAAAGUUGGUUUUCCUCUUUGUUUCUGGACAUUUAGAGCAGUGGCUCUCAGCAGAAGUCAGUUUUGCUCCCCAGGGGACAUUUAACAAUGUCUAGGGACAUUUUGGUUGUCAUAGCUUGGAGGGGCUGGGUAGGGUUGUUAUUGGCAUCUAGGCCGUGGAGGACAGGGACGUUACUAAAUAUCCCACGGUGCACGGGACGGUCCUCCAAAACAAAGAUUUACUGGGUCCAAAAUAUCAAGUAGUGUCAAAGUUCGGAAACCUGAUGGAGGAGUGGUAAAUGUUGCUCUUUUUUACCCAAAGGAAUAUUUUGAAAAGAUGGGGCACAAUAAGGAAUACAUGAUACAAUGGAAGUAUUUCAGAUAGCAGAUGUUCAAGUAUUUUUCCUAAUUUCACCCAUCCUAGAAAAAAGGGGAAAGUCUACUAAAUCGACCUGUAAAAUAAGGACUAGCAUACAAAUAAUUUGACUCUCAGAAAGUACAGAUUUCACAUUAAUUAUCUUUCAUACCUGCUCCUCUGCACUGAUGAGGGCAUACUGUGAUUAUACCUUAUGAACCAGUGCAUAGCCUUUACAAGUAGUCCAAGCUUACUUGGCCCCACAGAAGUUUGUAGUGGGUACAUGGUUGGUCUUUGGAUUUUUUCUAACCUUGAACAUGCUGGGUCUUGCUAGAAUACACAUUCCUUUUUCCUUGACUAAACCCUUGCAUGCUUCCUACAAAGUACCCACCAAGUAAUAUCUCUUGGAUUAUCAGACCUAAUUUUGUAUAUAUAUGUUUUAGGGAAAAAAAUUUUAAAGUAAAAAAUUUCACUAAAUAGUUAAAUAAUCAGAAUUAUGACAAUAAAACAAUUGUUGUGGGAGCUGUGAGAGCCUUAUAGUCCUGGACAUAAAAAUUUUUUUUUUAAUCUUUGCCACACGAUGGAAAUGUUUUAAAAUAGAAGGAACAUACACAGAUACUUGGCAGAAGUUCAGUUUAAGUGGGGAAGAGUCCAUGGGUUUCAGUCAUUGUCACUGCUCUUUUCAAAAAGAUUGUGUUGAGCUAGUAGAGGACUAAAGAUGUCAUUAAAGACAUCACAGAUAUUUAUCUUUUGGCUUUGUGUACAUUAGAGAAUGUUGAUUAUUUUUAUACAAAAAUACAGCGGGUAAUUUUUUUAAUCUUUAGAUGCCUCUUGUUUGAAUGUAUGCUUUGUGGGAUUCUUUUGUGUAGUAAUGUUUUAAAAAAAAGAUGUUUACUGAUAGUUACAUGUAGGAUUAGAAGGUGUAAUAUAGUGUAAGGCUCAUGUUCCAGACCUACAAUAGCUUGUAGUCUACGUCACAUAUUUCUUUAUAUCACAUUUUUAAUUGGAUUAAAGUUUCAAGGAAAGGUAGGUGCUCUAUAGUCAGUUUUCAUUUGUUAGCAGUUAAUUGUUAUGACAGAGUUGUCAUAUGCUUGACUUUCCCCCAUCAUCUUCCAGUUUCAGAACACAAGUAUAGGCUGAGCAUUAGUAGGAGAUGGUCCACUGUAGGGGGCGUGGAGGGCACAAAGGAAAAUCUCCCCCUGGAAGUAAAACUUUUUCACAGAUAAUCCACAAGCAAUUGAUUAUUUGGGGAUUGACUCCCCUAGCAAUAAUGAUUAUCUCCCAUUACUCUAUUAUCUAUAGCCUUUAAGGUAUUUACUUUGAACUAUGUAUAGGUUCUCCUUUUAUUUACUCCCUUUUCUGGUAUCAGUCAUUAGAUACUAACUGAAAGCCCCUGUGCCUAGCACCGUGUUAAAUAUCCAAGAAAGCUUACAAGGAAGGGGGAUUUCCAUUUGAUGAGAGCACCUUAUAAUCUUAAAUCUUGUAAAUCUCAAAAGUAGUCCAGAUCUUCUCUUGUCCUCACUCAAAACAUACCUAGAAAAUAUACUUAGUUUUUCAAGUGAGCUAUUUUAUUUAGAAAUGGCUCAUUUGCUCAACUGGUAGUUUUCCCUGUUGAUGCAUCAGUUUCUCUCUAGACACUUGAAAAUCAGAGCUUCAGUUAUAUGUGAUGAGUAUGGAUGAUGACACUGGGCAUGCACCUCUCUCCUAAGUUCUGAGCGCAGUUCUGGUAUGAAUUAGGUGGGGAGAGUGUUCUUUUUCCUUCAUGCUACUCAUUGUUUUAGGACUUUCACUGAGGAGAAAGAAUGACAAAAAGGGGACAUGGGAAGUUCUUCCUAUUUUUGCUACCUAAGUUUGCAUUUUCUGACUUGUUUAAACUGAUGCACUCUUUCCCCAUUGAGGGAAAUAAAACCUCCACAUUUCGAUUUUUAUUUGCUUUAAGCCUUGUGUUUCUAAAAAAUAAACACACCGAGAAAGCUGGUUUGUAAACAUUUUUACGUGACACGAAUUUUCAUCAAGCCUGGCGUAGGCAUGUGUCUGACAAGCCAUGCAGCUUGGAUAUAAUCACUAUUGAUUAAGGCAGAGUGGCUGUCCGUAAACCUGUCCCUUUUUAAGUGGCAUGUAACUAUUUCCAGGAUGAUACUUUUAAUUUGCUGUGAUAUCACUAAACAGAUGUUUUUCUUAGUCUUAGCUUAAGGUUUGUCACGUAGGAGUAGGGAAGGUGGAAUGGGGAGAAGACAUUAGCGAAGAAGCUUGAGAAUGGGAGAGAGGCGGACAAGAGAUCUGCCACUUUGCUUAUCCCACUUCGACACUGAACAGAUUUCUGCACUUUUGAAUAUUCAUGAUUUACCUAGUUUUAAAUAGAAAGGGUUUUUUUAGAUAGCCCAUUUUUUGUUUUUGUUUCCUAAUGUGUUUAAACACUUACUUAGAACUGUAUGGAGUAAGUACUGUUGUGCUCAUGCCUUUGAAUAAUUUUUGACCUAGCUAAUCCUCAUAUAGCUAGUGUGAAAUUAUAGUCCGACAUAUACUCAGCUACAGUCUGAGGCUGAAAUCUGUCCCAAUGUCCCAUAUCACAGACUUGUUCAGUUAAAUGUUAUAAAGCCCCGUUAUUUGCAUUCUCAGUGUUCUGGUACCAUCACGGUGUAAGUGUGGUAGGGUUGUGUUUACUUGUUUACAUGUGUGUACACCAUUUUGGAAAGAAUAGACUAUGAUCGAUGGAUGUGAGUGAUGCUAUCCUCACAGCCGUACUGAGUAGCUGUAAUCCCGGUUGGACACACUGUUAAGAAGUUGUAAAGACAUUUUAAUCUAGAACCCUGUGCUUAUAUCUCAUGGUUUGAAGAUUCUUAUGCUUAAUGACUGGUAGGAAUGCAUGCGGCCUGGGUGCGGUGGGCCUGAGCCUGAGCGGACAGCCUCAGAGGGCCUCACCUCCUGCUUCCCUCCUCUAAAAGCCUGUCCUAGUCAGGAGGGAACGGUGGGAAAACUUCUUAGACACCUUCAUCUGAAAGUCCUUUGGCAGGGUUUGGUAGUAGGGUUAAUAUUAGGAAGGCAGUUAGGGCAGGAAUUUUUAAUACCUAACAGUCAUGUUUCAGUGAAACCUUUGGGCACAAUGUUCAGUCUGUAUCCUGUGCACCAUGGGGGAAGGACAGGGAAGUGGAGGAAGAGACAAAAGGAGGAAAAGCAUCCCAGACCCAAGGGGAUAGCACAGUUAACGGACUGAGGCUGUGUAAUGUCGCUAUGGCCUUCAGUGGUUCAAAAUAAUACAGUGCAAUGGUUGAAUCCCAGUUACAGCAGUAAGGUUCAUCUGUAAUCAUUCUCGUUCCUUCAUUCUCCAUCAAGUGAUCCUGCCCUUAGGAGGACUUCCUGUCCCUAAAAGAACUAUUAAUAAAUAGUUCCAAUGAUACAUAAGUUAGUGAAUUUUGACUUCAAAGGUGACAACUAUUGUACUUGGAGAAUAUCUGUCAAACUCAAAGGUUAAUUUUUAUAAUUGAGUUACUGGAAUUGUAGAGGAGAGUAUCCAUUUUCAGAUACCACAGUUGAAUCAACCUUGUAGAUUGUUACAAAGGCAUUUUAAGAUAGUAUUUUUUUGUUAGGGUGUAUCUAGGAAUUGGAUGACUAAGGAGCUAUAGCUUUUUCUUUAUUAGUAUGGAUUUCAAUGGAAGCCUACCUCUGUUUCUUUAAUGCACAGUAGUGUGGAUCAUGAAAUGAACUGUUCAAUUCACAUUAAUCAAUAUUGGUAUUUUAUGAAUCUAUUUGAGAGCAUUUGAUUUCCUCUUAAAGAUUGUGAUUCAAUUUAGAUAAGCACAAAUACAGUAUUAGAAAAAUAAAUAUGCAGUCUUACUAAAGUUUAAUUUAAAGCUACUAUAAGCUGUACAUCUUAAAAAAAGUUCUUUGGGAAGAUAUUCCUUUUUUGUUAGUUCAUCAUAUGUACCACUAUAUAGUUUCCUUCAUAGCAGCAAUACAAGCCAUUUCUUCAAUUAAAAAAAAAAUGUUGACAAUAUCUUCUU